ACAGGGUUUUUCAUAUUUAACAGGGGUGGAGCAGAAAACAUGAGCCACGCGACCAGGGAGCGCUCUUCCCCAAGCCCCCGCCUUUACACUUACUAGGGAUUGAAUUCUCGUCUUCGAAUUUAGCUUCCCGCCAUUCAUCUCAGCUAUCAGGUUUUGGGAGAUUGUCUUCGAAUUGAACCCAGAUGGAGGCGCUUUACGCCAAGCUUUACGAUAAGUACAACAAACUGAAGAGAAUGAAGGAAUCUGAAAUGGAGCAGUUCAAUGAUGAUACGGAAGGAAAACUUAAAAACCAUAUUGAUGCUGCUGAUGAGCUGAUAGAGCACUUGAGCAAUGAAAAGGACAGACUGUGUGCACAAAUAAAUCAUAUGGAAAAGGAAAUUACUUCAAUUAGAUCUUUUAAGGCAGAGCAAAUUGAUGAAUUGCAAAAGCUUUUAAUGGAAGAGAUCCAAAAGAGCAAAGAGCUUUCUGAAGAGGUUGAGAGGCUCUGCAACCUGCAAAGAGAGGGACUCUGUUGCCGCACAAAUGAUGCGUGCAAUGAAAUCAAACAGUUGAAAUCUCCUUCGGGAGGCAAUCCAGUCAGUUCAAGAGAUUUAUCUAGUAACUCAGUCAAGACUCUGCAACAGAAUGCUAGAACUGUUGAGGCUCUCACAGAAGAUAACAGAGACGUUUCAUAUUCCAGUGUUCAAGUUCGGUAUGAAGUGCCAGAAUGUUGUAGAAGAGACAGUGGCAAUUCAGACGGGGAACAAGUUGAACCUGCCAGUUGCCUCUUUCAAGCUCUUGUGGAGUGCCUAGUAGGCAUGAAGUUCUCAGCAGUUAAUCAGAAAGAAGGAUUGUGUGUUUCAGCGCUUCAUCAAUCUAGUGGCUAUUCAUUCAGUUUAACAUGGAUAAACAAACCAGCUGGAGAGGAAACACAACUGUUGUAUCGUGUGUUGUCAUUAGGUACUUUUGAGAGGGUUGCUCCAGAUUGGAUGAGGGAAGUAAUGAUGUUCAGCAUGAACAUGUGCCCCAUCUUCUUCGAGCGCGUAGCUAAAGUUCUCCGGCUGCACCACUGAUGCUUAUUUUCCAGCACAAUCUUGUUGGCUGUUUGCAACCAUUGUAACAUAAUUUUCUUCUCAUUUAAUAGAGGGUUGUAACAAAAAAUUUUUUUGGUAGAAUAGAGGGUUGUAACAUUGAAGAAAGCUGCGUGCUAUACAUCUAGUAAUAUCUAAUUCUUCUCUUAUGCUUAAGAGAUCAGACAUUUUGAA